AUGAAGACCCUACUGUCUCUGGCUCUUGUGGUGCUGGCCGUCCUGUCCUGCGAAGCUUUCAGGAUUAAACGAGCUCAAAAUGAUGAAGAAAUUGAUUUGGAAAAGUUGAUCAGAAGCCUGGAAAUAAUAGAACAGAGAGGACGCGGUGGUUUCCCACCUCCACCAACCACUGAAGCAAGCAGAAAGAGAGGACGCGGUGGUUUCCCACCUCCACCAACCACUGAAGCAAGCAGAAAGAGAGGACGCGGUGGUUUCCCACCUCCACCAACCACUGAAGCAAGCAGAAAGAGAGGACGCGGUGGUUUCCCACCUCCACCAACCACUGAAUCAAGCAGAAAGAGAGGAAACGAAGGUUUCCCACCUCCCCCAACCACUGAAUCAAGCAGAAAGAGAGGAAACGAAGGUUUCCCACCUCCACCAACCACUGAAGCAAGCAGAAAGAGAGGACGCGGUGGUUUCCCACCUCCACCAACAACUGAAGCAAGCAGAAAGAGAGGACGCGGUGGUUUUCCACCUCCACCAACCACUGAAGCAAGCAGAAAGAGAGGAAACAAAGGUUUCCCACCUCCCCCAACCACUGAAUCAAGCAGAAAGAGAGGAAACGAAGGUUUCCCACCUCCACCAACCACUGAAGCAAGCAGAAAGAGAGGAAACAAAGGUUUCCCACCUCCCCCAACCACUGAAGCAAGCAGAAAGAGAGGAAACGAAGGUUUCCCACCUCCCCCAACCACUGAAGCAAGCAGAAAGAGAGGACGCGGUGGUUUCCCACCUCCACCAACCACUGAAUCAAGCAGAAAGAGAGGAAACGAAGGUUUCCCACCUCCCCCAACCACUGAAGCAAGCAGAAAGAGAGGACGCGGUGGUUUCCCACCUCCCCCAACCACUGAAGCAAGCAGAAAGAGAGGACGCGGUGGUUUCCCACCUCCACCAACAACUGAAACAAGCAGAAAGAGAGGACGCGGUGGUUUCCCACCUCCACCAACCACUGAAGCAAGCAGAAAGAGAGGACGCGGUGGUUUCCCACCUCCACCAACCACUGAAGCAAGCAGAAAGAGAGGACGCGGUGGUUUCCCACCUCCACCAACAACUGAAGCAAGCAGAAAGAGAGGACGCGGUGGUUUCCCACCUCCACCAACAACUGAAGCAAGCAGAAAGAGAGGACGCGGUGGUUUUCCACCUCCACCAACCACUGAAGCAAGCAGAAAGAGAGGAAACAAAGGUUUCCCACCUCCCCCAACCACUGAAUCAAGCAGAAAGAGAGGAAACGAAGGUUUCCCACCUCCACCAACCACUGAAGCAAGCAGAAAGAGAGGAAACGAAGGUUUCCCACCUCCCCCAACCACUGAAGCAAGCAGAAAGAGAGGACGCGGUGGUUUCCCACCUCCACCAACCACUGAAUCAAGCAGAAAGAGAGGAAACGAAGGUUUCCCACCUCCCCCAACCACUGAAGCAAGCAGAAAGAGAGGACGCGGUGGUUUCCCACCUCCCCCAACCACUGAAUCAAAAUGA